AGCAGAGAACCAGCUGGUGAACGCGUUGGGGUUCGACUUCAUGAUCGAGCACCCCUUCGGUCACUCCAACGACCUGGUGGCCUACCUUUGUGAAGAGGGCUGGGUGCCGGCAGACAAGUCGGCACUGAUCUCCAAGGGCUCUCACCAUCUGUUGAUCAAGAGCUUGAGGGGGACAUUGUGCCUCGAGUACCCGCCGACUUUCCGCGCGAGGCUGGUGACGUACCUGUCCCUGCUUGUCAACAACAUCUCGCCACCGCCGGGCGGCUGGGCUGAGAUGAUCGAGUUCGAGGACCACCGCCAACUCAACAGAGCGGCAUGCCAACUACUGGAAACGCUGGACGAUGACUCCGGCAAGACCGGCAAGAAAAUCACCAAGAAGCGUGUUGCCGCCGCCCUGGUUGAAGCGGGCCACAUUAAGAAUAAGAACGCCCCGAACCGAGUCCCGCGCCAGCCCUCAGGGCUAACUUACGCCGACCGGGAUCGGAUGGCGGCACGGUCUUCAUCUAUCCAAUCAUCCCACGGCUUGAAGCGGGGGAUGGGGGGAGGAGACCUGAAUAGCAGUGCCGUCGCGUCACGCAGUGGAUCGUCAUCGCACGACAGGUCUUCAUCGAUCGGUCAACCGCGCCCGAGGUCACCCAGUUGCCAAUCUCCUGCCAGUACCCACACGGAGUCGGGUAAGAGGCGGCGUACGGAAGAUGCAACGAGCAACGGGAAUGCGUCAAGACCUCGCCCACCGCCACCGCCACCGCGGACGCCUAGACCCCCGAGUACUCCCAAGCCAGAAGGCACACCCAAGCCCCCAAGCACUCCCAAGCCCCCAAGCACUCCCAAGCCCCCAAGCACUCCCAAGCCCCGACCGCCGUCUACAGCCAAGCCCAGACCUCCUUCCACCCACGGCCAGCUGCCCAGCAGCAACUCCAAACCACGCCCACCCUCAACUCCAAGGCCGAGACCGCCGUCUACUCCAAAGCCCCUCUCCACGAAUGGCCAGCCGCAUAGCAGCAGCAGCAGCUCCAAGCCCAGACCGCGGCCACCACCCCCGCGCCUGCCGACCACCCCUUCUGCCGUGAAUGCGUACACGGACUCUGGUAGCAGGCAUUCGGCGACGCCCUUCUCAUCGUCGGUCCCUCCACACCCUCCCAAGCCCCACUCGAGUACCCCCAACGGAAGCACUAGCAGUGAUGCAAUGCCGCUGCAGAAGAGCACCGAGGCGAGGCCACAUGGGUUUUCGGACGGUAGGGUUGGUAGCACCGGCGGCUCUCCUCCGACCGGGAAGGCCGGAGCCAGUAGCGCACAGGGUGUGUCCACGGGCGGGGGGCAGGAAGGAAAAGGCAAGAGGUCGCGUGAUGCAGGGAUAGGGGAUGAGUCAUCUUCUGACCCCGGCAGCGGGGGCAAGAGAUCGAGAAUGGGCGGUAGCGGGCGAGGGGGAGAGUCCAGUAGUGCGUCGACGGUGGCUUCUUCCGCUGCCGUUAAUGCGAUAGAAAGCGGGGAGGUAGAGGACGGGGAGAUAUCGAUCAACGCGGUGCCGGUGCUGAGGGCGUGAGCUCUCGUCGAGUACGAUGUGUGUUGGAGAGGUCAGGCUCUGGAGAAGGAAGGGGCAAGGGUUGCGAAAGAUCUGUCCCCCGUAAGAGGGAGGAUGGUUUUAUUUUUACAAUGUGGUGGGUUCAGGCAAAAUCUCCGAAUGAACACCAGCAGCAGUAGUAUGCACUGUGGUCGUUUGCAGGUGGGUGACGGUGUGAUUGACCCCGGUUUUUCGACGGGGUGCGUUGUUUGUUUGCUUACUCGGGACUCGGUAUGAGGAACUUUUGGCGGUUUUUUUGCCUUCCUGCUUUGCGCCACAAAAGAAAAAUGAGCAUAUUUUUCUUGUGCUGUGAUGCCUCCCAUACACAGCCUUGUUGAUGCUCGUGCUGUUGUGGGAUUGGCUACAAGCAAGAAGGUUGAGUUGUGUCAUUCCUGCCCCCACUUGGGGCGUUUCAGGUUGGCCAUGGAGUGUUCGAUGCGACUUGUUCCACGAGUGCGGACGUCCGCGAUGGAGACAUGGAUUUAUUCAGAGAUUAUACUUGUAAAAUAUUUAUUGCCGUGUGCACGCACGUUUCGUGUAGAACGGUAGGUGAUCAUAUGUUGCUGUUUCCGUGUUACUACUGUAGUGCUCGUGAGUUUAUAGCGCGCUGACUUCCUAAUAUGUUCCACCCCAGAAAUGUUAGUCUUGGAACGGAUUUUGGGAGGUUUGAGUCGUGCGUAUAGAAAAAAGAUGAAAAAAACGUUGGUGUGUGAGCGUAUACGGACAUGGAAAACCUAAAGUCGAUAGUUGCCGGCUCAGAGACGGUGACGGGAGUGCUGCGCCUUGUCUCCUUACGUUUGCCGGGCUGUACCUCUUUGGUGCGUCCACACUCGUUUCUUGUUCGCCCUGACUGUACCGUUAGGAGAAUGUGCAUGUCCUUGACGUGUUCGACGGAAGAGAUGUAUUGCGAACAGUGUGAGGGGACAUUGCACGGUACGUACUCUGCUAGCAGGAUGGUGCUACUACUUGCGCCACUUGUGUUAUCCACAUGCUGGGUGGGAAAUUUGCUGCAAGGAAAUGGACAAAGAGAUGUGCGGUUAUUUUGUUUCGUGGUCGGCCAACCGUUGACCAAUAACCCACACGGCUUAAUAUAAACCAGCAAGGCUGGUGGAAGCGCCCGUUGGUCAAAUCGACGAAUUUAUUUG